AUGUCUGAUACCACUACACCGCCAUCAGCAGCUACAGCCAAAGUCUCGGUCGCGAGCUCCAGCAUUCCAGUCUCGACAUUCACAUCCGUGUCCUCUCCAGAACUUGCUGCCGCUGCCGCCGCUCCUCUACAGAAGCAGGACCAGCACCAGGAAGCGUCAAAGGAGGUGGUGUACAAGAUCUUGUAUUUCAAGCUACAUGGCAUGGCCGCGACCACUCGGAUCAUGUUGGCGCUUUCUGGAGCUCUUUGGGAGAGUAUUUACCCACAGGACUGGGCGAAUGAGAAGCACGAAACGCCUUUCGGACUGAUGCCAAUCCUCUACGAGACCCACCCCUCCUCCGGUCUAACCCUCGAGAUUCCAGAAUCAGAAGUCAUCGAACGCUACCUCGCCCGCAAGUUCGGAUUCUGGGGCCGCGACGCCUGGGAAGAGACGGCCAUCCACGUAUUCUACUGUUCCUCAAAAUCAGUUCUGUCCCUGUAUGUCAACAAGGUCCUGCUGGCGUUCUCGGAUACGAAAGCCAGAGAAUUGGCAAAAUUUGUGGAGAAGGAGGUUCCGGCUUGGAUUGUCCAACAUGAGAAGUGGUUGGGGAGGAGUCAGACGCCUGGAUUCUAUGUCAGCAACCAGCUGUCAAUUGCAGACAUCCAUUCAGCAGUCUGCCUGGACAGAUUCCUAACAAUCCCCGGAUGCAAGGAGCUGUUUUCUCCAGAAAAGACCCCCAACUUGUUCAAACUGAAGCACAACCUCGAGAGCUACCCCCGCUACGCUGCCUGGAUGACCUCGCCCGAGUUUGAAGCCAUCAACAUAUCCACCCGUCAGCGCCUCGCCGUCCUCAAGGGAUAA